UAAGGCUGGAAAAAGCUUAGGUACUAAUGUGAACUCUGGUUUUGCGGUUGGCUGUGAGGAGAUAUAAUACUAUUUUUAUUAAGUAAGAACUGUAAAAGUCGUAAAUAUCUUGAUAAAUUGAUUUGUCACCCGAAAUAUUGUUUCAUAUACCUUAACCCCAACUCUGACACCAUGUCGACGAAAGUCUAAUUUUUGAACUGAUAACAUAAUGAUUUGCGUUUUGGCAGUGUCAUGGCCCACUUGUUACUGUUUAAAUACCGUGAGUCCGAGUAUAUCUCCUCAGUUAUCGGUGAAACGUUCCCAAACAUGGCCGCGUUACUGGUUUUUGUGUCACUACUGGCAAUACUAAUUACAUUAAUUUACUUCAUAUCCAAGAAAAAGUUUAGUUACUGGGAAAAGAAAAAUGUACCUUUCAUAAAACCACUGCCUAUUUUGGGCAACUACGCCAAGUUCAUGCUUCUUAAACAAUAUCCUGGCCAAUUACUACAAGAGCUUUGCCGGAAAUUCCCCAACCAACCAUAUUUCGGAGCUUUCUACGGUACGGAACCUGUCCUAGUGGUACAAAGCCCCGAAAUAGUCAAAGAUGUCCUUACAAAAGACUUCUAUUACUUCAACGGUAGAGAAGCCUCCCAUUACGCAUCAAAAGAAAUCGCAACGAAUAAUCUUUUCUUUGCUAGCAAUGACAUGUGGAAGGUUACGCGACAAAAUCUGACUGCAUUAUUCUCUUCGGCCAAGAUGAAGAAAAUGUUUUACCUGAUCGAAAACUGUAGUCAUGCUUUGGAGGACAUGCUCGAAUAUGGGACUACUACCAGGAACAAUGUCAUUGAAAGUAGAGACCUCGGCGCCAGAUACACCAUGGACUGCAUCUGCUCCUGUGCUUUUGGGAUUGAAUCAAAAGCUAUGGGCUAUGAAGCAAACAAUAUAUUCAGGAUUAUGGCUACUCAGAUCUUCGAAGCUUCAAAUACAAGAGGUUUGAAAACGGUCUUGCGAGCUGUUUGGCCAGCCAUUUUCUACGGAAUGAAGAUGCAACUUUUCCCAUCCUCCAUAGAUGAGUUCUUUUCUAAACUUUUGAAAGGAGUUUUCGAAAGCAGGAAUCACAAACCGUCACAUAGGAACGAUUUUGUGGAUUUAGUUUUGACUCUUAAGAAUGACGAUUAUUUAGUUGGCGAUAGCAUCGCGAACUCAAAGACCGGAAAAAACGAAAAAGUACGGAUAAAAGUGGAUGACGAAUUACUUGUGGCGCAGUGUAUCCUAUUCUUCGGGGCAGGCUUUGAGACAUCUUCGACUACUAUUAGUUUUACUCUAUACGAGCUCGCAAAGAAUCAAAAAGUGCAAAACCGAGUCAUUGAGGAAAUCGACGAAUACUGCAAACGCAGGAACAACAAGUUGGUCUACGAAUGUAUCAACGAGCUGCCGUACCUCAGCGCUGCUAUGUACGAGACUCUCCGGAUGUAUCCUAUAUUCGGUGUGCUCACUCGCGAAGUGAUGGACGACUACGAGUUCUCCACUGGCUUGCGAGUGGACAAAGGAGUCCGAGUUCACAUCCCGAUCUAUCACAUCCACUUCAAUCCGGACUACUUCCCAGACCCUGAGGAAUACAAACCUGAACGAUUCUUGCCUGAGAACAAAAAGGAUAUGAAACCUUACACCUUCUUUCCGUACGGUGAAGGACCCAGGAUCUGUAUAGGAAGUCGUUUUGCAAAGAUGCAAGUUAUGGCUGGACUGAUGACCAUCCUGAAGGAGUAUAGAGUGGAGCUUGCUGACGGCAUGCCGCAGUCUAUCAAGUUAGAUCCCAGGACUCUGGUCACUGCACCGCUCCAUAGUGGAAUUCAAAUUAAGUACACGAAACGUGAAGGGUGGGAAAAUAGGCGAUGGGUUCGUACCUAAGAGGUUCCUGAAUGAUUGAAAUCUGCUGUAAUUUAGGCCUGGACAUGAUAUUUUACAUUUUAAUUUAUCGUAUGUAGUAAUUUGUUCGACCUCAUUAUUUGUAUUUGUAUGUUAUUUCGCGAUUUAAGUAAUAUUGUAUGAUCAUUUAAUUAAAUACUGUUAAAGUGCACUUUUUAAUUCAACAUUGUUCAGUAAAAUUCGUGAAAAAUAAUGUAAAUAACAAGUUGCCAUAGAAAAGCUAGUUUAGUGCCAAAUUUGUUCUACUUUGAUUAUAAAAUGUAAAAUAAUAGAAGUGAACCAAAACAAAUCAAAAACGUUUCUUUUAAUUUA